GCGAGCUACGUAUACAUCAACCGGUAAACGUAGCUGUCGAACAGGCCACGUUAAGGACUUCCAUUAGGACCGAGAAAUGCAACUGACCGACGACCGACCUACCCGGGUCAACCGAUAUUCGGCUCCCCCCUUCUUCCCUGUACCGGCACUCCUGCUCGUCCUCAUACCUUUCCAACUCUUCGUACACUUCUCUUCGCACUCGAUAGCCGCCUACGUCAAGGAUACAGUCGAGGGUCUUCUCGGGAAGGGGUUCGUUGCUGCGAGUUUCAAGUUUCUGCUCGGAGCCGUAAGCACCUCUUGCCCGUCGUCCACCGCAUUUCGCCGUCUUUACAACUUACCGGACUCGACCUUGUUUAUCGAAGCACGGAGCGGAAGCCUCGUACAUGCUAUCCCAAUGCAUCAAGUAUCACUGCCCAGCGGAUGUUGGUGCCAAGUACGUCGUGACCACCCUCUUGUUCGGGUUUGUGGGGAUACAACAGUUCAAUCGGCAAGCGAGGAUAGCGGAGAAGGGGAAAUCCAAGGGUCUUUGAUGAGGGAGACGCUUCUAUACCGGGCUUGUGGCCGUACAAGAGAUGUCGAGAUUAGGAUGAUCAGAGAUGGACGAGAUGAUAGUCCAGCUGGCGAUCGCGAUAGCUGUUCAGCUAGCUAAAGGCGACCUGGGUAGUCUUGACCAUAACCGUGCGUUUUGCGGGUAUGCGAGCCGACAGUAUCAGCGGGAGGGAUCGGAGACCAUGACAACAGAUGACGGAGAAGUUGGGCAUGGUCAUCGGGCUUCUCUUCAUGUUGUCAUACUUUUACAUCUACUCUAGGCGAAAUACAACUCGUGACA